UUGAUGUUCUCUUCCUAUAAUUAAUAUUGUUUGGAGCUUCUCAUUCCAGAAUCUCUGCCACCAUCGAGGUCCCAGCUCAAGUCUAUCAUGCAAGACACACGAAAUUGGUCAAAGGAAUGACUCGAGAGUUUAUGCAGCAACAAAACUCUUGAAUCAUCAUACACAUGGGUGCAUUCGUACCCUGUUGUUUAUACAAGAAAGAUGAGAUCAUUGAAGGUUCAAAUGGUGAUGAAGCUGAACCUGCUGAUAUUUCUCCUACCACAUCCAAAUACACCGAAGAUGUGCAAUCUGAGUUAGAAAUUGCUCAGGAAUCUCCAAUAUUGGAAGUACAAGUUGAAGAGAAUCCAGCUGAUCUCGAUCCUUGUUUGGAUGAUUCAUCUAGGAACGUUAUUGCUGUCACGAUGAGCAUUCUGGUGAUGAAUGUGCUACAAAUGAUGUGGCCUUUGUACUGGCUCGAACUCUCGACCUCAGGAUCACUCUUUAGCUAUGAGACCUACGCGCUAGCCAACUGCGCCACCACCCCCUUGAAGUUCACAUCUAGUAUCUUUACUAAAAAUUGUACUCUCGUCCACAAGAGCUCCCUGGCACAUACCCACUUCCCUAAACCGGCGUCGGUGCCCAAAUUGGUUCUGAGUCUCGCCCCGUCGUCGCUCUCCGGGCUGACAUCGGUGCUCUGCCCAUGAAAGUAAGUAAUUGCAAUCCCAGUUCCAUUUUCUUCUUUUUUUAAAAUUUUUUUAUUAAUUUCCCACUAAUUAAUAAUCAUGUUGGCUUGGCUCGAACCAAGUUAGAUUUUGUAGGAAGAAUUUCUUCAGACACUUAUUUUUUUAUUAAUAAAAUUUGAACUUAAGA